CAUCAGUUGCAGUAAAUUCUGCACACUGUAACUUUCUUCAUUCUCACCCCGCCUCUCCCAAACACACCCCCAGCCCCCAGGCCCCAAGAUCUACAUUCCUCCCCAUCAAAAAAUCCACCUUUUUAUUUUCAAGAAAAUGUGUUCUUUUUUCUGCAUUUUCUUGCUCAUUUUUCUGUCCAUUUGGGCCAUUCAGAGCUGCAAUGCAAGGAUUUUUACUUCUGAUAUUCACCAUCGCUUUUCUGGGUUAGUCAAGAAUUGGUCGGAGAGUUCCCGGAGCAAUUUUUUCGCCGGGAAUUGGCCGGAAAAGGGGAGUGUUGAGUAUUAUUUUCAGUUGGCUAAUCAUGAUCAUCUUCUACGGUACCGGCGCCGGCGGCUUUCUGGGUCCCAAGAUUUACCUCUCACCUUUUCUGAUGGAAAUGCUACUUUUCGGAUCAGCUCAUUAGGAUUUUUGCAUUAUACAAUGGUUUCAUUGGGGACACCUGGUAUGAAAUUUAUGGUGGCACUUGAUACUGGGAGUGAUCUGUUUUGGGUGCCUUGUGACUGUACUCAGUGUGCACCUAUUGAAGAUGCACCUGAUGACUCUGAUUUUGAGCUUAGCAUAUAUAGUCCGGUAAGGUCAUCAACCAGCAAAAAAGUUACUUGUGGUAACAGCUUUUGCACCCACCAGAAUAGCUGUGGAAUACUUAACAAUUGCCCCUACUCAGUUUCCUAUGUCUCAUCAGAAACUUCCACCUCUGGGAUUCUUAUGGAGGAUGUUUUGCAUUUCAAAUCCGAAGAUAGAAAACAAGAAGCUGUUGAGACGUACAUCACAUUUGGCUGCGGACAGGUGCAAACGGGUUCGUUCCUUGAUGUUGCAGCUCCUGAUGGUUUAUUUGGUUUAGGUUUAGAAAAAAUAUCAGUUCCAAGCAUUUUGUCUAGGGAAGGUUAUACUGCAAAUUCUUUCUCUAUGUGUUUUCGACAAGACGGAAAUGGGAGAAUCGAUUUUGGGGAUAAAGGCAGCCUUGACCAGGAAGAGACCCCGUUUGAUGUGGCAAAAUUUCAUCCAAGCUACAAUAUCACAUUAACUCAGAUUCGUGUGGGUACUACUCUCAUCAACUUGGAUUUCCCAGCUCUGUUUGAUUCCGGCACCUCCUUCACAUAUCUGAUUAACCCAGCCUACAAGAGGCUUACAGAGAGUUUUCAUUCCCAGAUACAAGAUAAGCGACGCGCAGCUGAUCCAAGGAUUCCUUUCGAAUAUUGUUAUGAUAUGAGCCCUGACAAGAGUAGUAGUCUAAUACCAAGCAUGAGUCUAACUCUGAAAGGUGGGGGCCAACUUGCUGUUAUCGAUCCGAUAGUUAUCAUCUCCACACCGAGGGAACUAGUAUAUUGUCUGGCUGUUAUCAGGAGUGCAGACUUGAAUAUAAUUGGGCAGAACUUCAUGACUGGAUACCGCAUUGUCUUUAAUCGGGAAGAUCGCAUCCUUGGAUGGGAGAAGUCUGAUUGCCAAUACGUAGUGGAAGAUUCGAGCAGCUCUCACGUAUUAUCUCGGAACUCUACUACUGUGCCUCCUGCUGUUGCUGCAGGAGUAGGUGAUCGAAAAACUCCAGAUUCGGCAACAGAAGCUAUAAAUAGAGAUAAAAGUUCAGUCGCCUCACAAUUGUAUAUCGGAUAUACAUCAAAUCUGACCAAAAUUAGCUUCAGAUUUCUCGUCUUAUUAUUUCUACUCCUAUAGUCAUUCCUCGGCCAACCCUUUUUACAUGAAUCUAUACAGCUUCACUAGAGUUAUAAGUCGUACUUGAUGUGUAUAACUGCAAACUGCCGAACUUGUCUCUAACAUCAGCUGGCUUCAGAGUGGAUGGUUGAUCACCGCAACCUUGGUCUGGACGCUCUGCGGCCAGGUCUGUUCCAAUGUACACAACUUUAACCUUAUUUACUGUAAAUACAUAGAAUAAGAAGAUUCGAGAAUACAUCAUUAUAUCAAUUCCUGUCUUGUACAUAAUAUUUCAAAAUGUAUCUUCAAUUUAUAGAUGAAUAUAAUCGAGUAUCACAAAAUUAUACUUUAA